AUGAAGGAGAAUGGGAGGGACGAAGCUGGGGAGUACGCGGUGGAGAAGAGCACGCCGGAGACAGACAAGAGCGAUAAAAUGGAACCGGAGAAGGAGCUGUACAGCGGUGACGACGACGGAUUGAGUCAACUCAGACACGAAGAAUCACUUGAUGCGGAUAUGGAGAAUUUACACGAUGACGCGGUGCGAGAUACCCUAGCUAAGGAUCAUGUCGAAGGUGUUCGAGAAAAUUCAGCUGUGGAACCAAAUGGUGAAGAUAUACGAGAGGUGAAGGAGAGUGAGAGCGGCAAGGAAAAUGUUGUUAGAGAAACUGUACCGGUUGACGAAGUUUCAGUAGAGAACCGUGAGGUUGAUCCAUCAAUGGUGGAGCCAUCACUGGUCUCAGCUGCUCCAACUAAACAAGAGCAAAGAUCUGAUACUCGGGUGGUUAACAACUUGUCGGUUUCUCCUGUUCUAAGGACACCGCCUCGUGAUGGUUACAAUUGGAGGAAAUAUGGACAGAAGCAAGUUAAGAGCCCCAAGGGAUCACGGAGCUACUACAGGUGUACGUAUUCUGAUUGUUGCGCUAAGAAAAUCGAAUGCUCCAAUGAUUCAGGAAACGUGAUAGAGAUUGUUAACAAAGGUUCGCAUAGUCAUGAACCUCCCCGGAAGAUUAGCUUCUCCCCUAGAGAGAUAGCGAUGCCGCCUGCUUCAGAGGACAAUACAGUAGUACAAGAGCUAGCGAUAGUAGUACCUAGCUGUUCAGCUAAAGAAAACAUCUGUCAGUCGCUAACGUUGAAGAGACAUUGUGAGAACGAAGCCAUGGAGGAACCAGAGCCAAAACGAAGACUGAAAAAGGAUAGCUCACAAAGUUCAGAUUCUGUGUCUAAGCCUGGAAAGAAACAUAAGUUCGUAGUACACGCAGCUGGGGAUGUUGGGAUCUCCGGUGAUGGAUACAGAUGGCGCAAAUACGGCCAGAAGAUGGUGAAGGGGAAUCCAAAUCCGAGGAACUACUACCGAUGUACAUCUGCGGGAUGUCCUGUCCGCAAACACAUUGAGACAGCAGUAGAGAACACAACAGCCGUCAUAAUCACGUACAAAGGAGUACACAACCACGACAUGCCGGUGCCGAAGAAACGCCAUGGUCCUCCUAGCUCCAUGCUCAUGGCUGCAGCCGCUCCAACGUCGAUGAGAACGAGGUCAGAUGAUCAGGUGAACAUUCCCGCUUCAAGCCAGUGCUCGGUUGGACUAGAAAAUGAGAAGCAGAGCAGUGAAACAUUGGAAGUUGGUGGCGAGAAAGUGAUGGAAUCAGCUCGGACUUUGUUGAGCAUUGGAUUCGAAAUCAAGCAAUGCUGA